CGCCCUUACACGUCACAGGCUCACCCGGAAGUGCGGUGACAGCAGUUGUCAAAAAUCCUUCAACGCUUCCGUGGAACUACGAAACAAAAGCUUGCCAAGAAGCUCCUGCUUUGGACAGACACGCAGUAUAGUGACACACCUACAGAUGCAGAGACCUGACGCACACAGUCCAGCUGGCUAGUCAUGGCAGCGGAUAGCAGAACAGAUGUGCAAGGGACUUUGAUCUAGGGUGCCAGUUGGUAUUUUGGAGUCUGCUGGUCCUGUUGUACUGGAUUCAUCUCCCUGCAGCUCACAGUACAGAUGUUGUGGUUUAGGAGGCUGCCAGCUUGACCUAUUAUCUGCCCUCCUCUCCACUACACACCCUGAACCACCUCACCCAACACCUGGCUGGUGCUCUUGCCCCAUUCAGGUUCUCUCUGCAUCAAGCCUGGCAAUGUCCGGAGCCGAAAGCCCCCCUUCCCCGACAGACAUGUCCAGCGGCCCCGUGGCUGAGAGCUGGUGUUACACUCAGAUCAAAGUGGUGAAGUUCUCCUACAUGUGGACCAUCAACAACUUCAGCUUUUGUCGCGAGGAGAUGGGAGAGGUCAUCAAAAGUUCCACUUUCUCCUCUGGAGCCAACGACAAACUCAAAUGGUGUUUACGUGUAAAUCCUAAAGGUCUGGAUGAGGAGAGCAAAGACUAUCUGUCACUUUACUUGCUCUUAGUCAGCUGCCCAAAGAGUGAGGUGCGCGCCAAGUUUAAGUUUUCUAUCCUCAAUGCCAAGGGAGAAGAGACCAAAGCCAUGGAGAGCCAGCGGGCCUACCGUUUUGUCCAGGGGAAGGACUGGGGUUUCAAGAAGUUCAUCAGGAGGGACUUCCUGCUGGACGAGGCCAACGGUCUGCUGCCCGAUGACAAACUGACACUGUUCUGUGAGGUGAGUGUGGUGCAGGACUCUGUGAACAUCUCAGGCCAGAACACAAUGAACAUGGUGAAGGUUCCUGACUGCAGGCUGGCAGAGGAGCUCGGGGAUUUGUGGGAAAACUCGAGAUUCACAGACUGCUCCCUUUGUGUCGCUGGCCAGAAAUUCCAGGCGCACAAAGCCAUCUUGGCAGCCCGCUCGCCGGUGUUCAGUGCCAUGUUUGAACACGAGAUGGAGGAGAGCAUGAAGAACCGUGUGGAGAUAAAUGACGUGGAGCCAGAUGUCUUCAAAGAGAUGAUGUGCUUCAUCUACACAGGCAAGGCCCCCAACCUGGACAAGAUGGCUGAUGACCUGCUGGCUGCAGCUGACAAGUCACGCAGCGGAGGUGAUGGACACGUCGGGCUGGAAGUCCAUGGUGAUCUCUCAACCGCAACUCGUGGCAGAAGCAUAUCACUCCCUGGCCUCGGCCCAGUGCCCCUUCCUGGGCCCGCCACGGAAACGCCUCAAACAGUCCUAGUGGUCUGGAGAGUCACUCCUCACUGCUCCUGCCUCCCAGUCCUCCUCUCGCUCCUCCGGAAUCCAGAGACACCAAAGACUGAUACCCAAAGGACUUGGCUCGAUAUGACUAAAGGGAAAGCUCAGCUGAGAAAAACAGGGACUGAUCGGAGGAGGUAAUACAGAUCUCUGUAGAUGGGGAUGAAGUGAAUAUUCUUAUUCUCUCACUGUGAUACUGGAAACCCGAAGCCUCGAUCUGGGAGUCGGUCACAUAAAGAUAACUUCUCCUAGCUCUAAACAGAAAACUCAAUGUUGAGCCCCUGUAAAUUGAAUUCUGUGGCAUGUUGACUCGCACGAUGUCUCGAGUUUUGAAGCCGAAACUGCUCAUGAAAGCCGAGUGAAGAGGAUCAACAAUCCAGAAAGUGAUGUUUGUGCAAAGUGCUGUUCUUCUAGGGCAUAAUCAAUUCUCAGUUUGAAUGAAAGAGGACUGAUCCGAACAUGUCUUCAAAUGGGCGGAUAGUGUAAGGCUGAGUUUAAUUUUUAAAUCGAGGUGAAUAUCUCUCAGAUCGAUCGCUGCUCGACAUGCAGUUUGAGGGCGGUCAAGACACCCGAUUAAUGAUCCAUACGAUCAAUGAACUGUCUCCUGUGCGAUCUGUUCAGGGCCGACAUUCAGAAAGUCGGCCAUCUUGCACUUUAAGAAGUUCCACACUUCACUUUCUUACAGGGCUGCUAUUACAGAAGCUGUUAUCAACUGUAGUUGACAUGUUUGAAUGUGGUUGUAGCAGUGUUUACAUGUUGUGGCUAAAACUGUCGUCUUAAUCAAGACGGUGAUGUGAUAUAAAACAGCAUUUGACGUUCCACUCGUAGUGGAAUCACACAGAGAAACGCUGGAUUUCUCUCUUUGAAAUGAUUUGAUUAAAUCGUGCAGUUUGAUUUAACACAACGUAGAGGAUUGGAAAAGAAAAGCACAUUGUCUGCCAAGCUUUAAGAAAGGUAUCAAACAAAUAAUCUCUGAACCUACCUGUUAAUUAACAGUUCAUUUCCUGUUACUGACACCAGGCCAUGCAGAUGUUUUGCAAAACAAUUUUUUUGUGUUUGAGCCUCUCGUUCACAUGCAAACAGCUUUUUAAAUCACUAAAGCUAAGAUUUUACAAACACCUUCCAAAGUGCUUUCUGUGUUCAUGUAAAACUGAGUUCUUGGGAAACGAUGACAUCACAGUUUACUCUGCGCACGCCGAAUGUUGCUUUGUGCACCAGAAUCAACAACAAUGGCGACUAUAGACCAGCGUCUCUAUGAUUGGUUAAGUUCGCAGCUAAAUUAAUCAUCACUGCUCCACAUCAGUGGCGUUCGCAGGCGUCGGCCUCAACCAAUUUUACUUGGAUUAAAGUUCACUACGCUCACAAUGUUCUUCUCUGGUAUUUGACGUUGAUUAAGCCUUCAUCGCCACCUGCUGGCCUGACAUGCUUGUUUGAGCGUUUGUAUUCGUUUUUGUGUUCUGAAUAAAAAAUAUUUUGUACAAUGA